AUGUUACUCCGUGCCCAAUCUCGCCGCCGUCUAUCCGAAACAACGGCCACCGCGCUCUGCGGGUCAGUAAUGCGAGCGUCCUCGUUCUCCUCCCUCAACGUCGAUGCCGACUUUCUGAAAUCUUACACUGUGACGCCGCCGAUCAAGCCCUGGCCGCAGCAGCUCUACCCAAAGCGCCUCGUCACCAUGAUCACCCGGCAGCAGAAUCUCGACCUUGCCCUCCAAAUCUUCGAUUACGCCGGGAAAUACCACCCCGGCUUCUCCCAUAACUACGACACUUACGAAUCCAUCAUACAGAAGCUCUCGCGGGCACGGGCAUUUGAAGAGAUGGAAGCUUUGCUCACUCAGCUGCGCAAAUCUGACACCAAAUGCGGAGAGAAUUUGUUUAUCAAUGUCAUUCGGAACUACGGGCUGGCGGGGAAGCCGAAACUGGCCCUCCAGACUUUCAUCCGCAUCGAGGAUUUCAAGGUGCAAAGGUCCGUGAGAUCGUUGAACACCUUGCUCAAUGCUUUCGUGCAGAACAAAAGGUACGAUCUUGUGCACGCAAUGUUCAAGGAUUGCAAGGUCAAGUUUGGGGUCGUGCCCAAUGUUUUCACCGCCAACAUUUUGAUCAAUGCUCUGUGCAAGAUGAAUGACAUGGAAGCUGCACUCAAGGUGUUCGACGAAAUGCCUGCGAUGCGGAUGAUCCCAAAUGUGGUGUCUUACACGACGAUUUUAGGUGGGUAUGCGUCGAAAGGAGAGAUGGAGAAGGCCAGGAAGGUUUUGGCCGAUCUUUUGCACAGAGGCUGGCUGCCGGAUGCGACUACCUAUACCAUAUUGAUGGAUGGGUAUUGUAGGCAAGGCAGGCUGGAUGAUGCUAUUAAAGUUAUGGAUGACAUGGAAGUCGAGCCCAAUGAGGUUACUUACGGAGUCAUGAUCGAGGCUUUUUGUCGAGAUAAACGUGCUGGAGAAGCCUUCAACCUGCUCGACGAUAUGCUCCAGAAGAAUUUCGUACCGAGCUCUGCCCUUUGCUGUAAGGUUAUUGAUGUGCUGUGUGAAGAAAGCAAGGUAGAUGAUGCUUGUGGGCUGUGGAAGCGGAUGCUGAAGAAGAAUUGCAUGCCGGACAAUGCAAUAUUAAGUACCCUUAUACAUUGGCUGUGUAAGUUGGGGAAAGUUUGGGACGCAAGGAAGUUGUUCGGCGAGUUUGAGAAGGGUUCGAAUCCAAGUCUCUUAACCUACAACACGCUCAUUGCAGGGAUGUGUGGGAGUGGCGAGCUGAACGAAGCAGGGAAGUUGUGGGAUGACAUGUUGGAGAAGGGUCACAAGCCUAAUGCUUUCACUCAUAACAUGUUGAUUAGUGGCUUCUGUAAAGCUGGGAAUGUGAAGGAAGGGAUCAAGAUUCUUCAGGAAAUGUUGGACAACGGAUGCCAGCCCGACAGUUCUACUUACACAGUAUUGAUUGAGAAGUUGAGGGAGGUGGGAAUGGAAGGAGUAGUCUAUAAUGUAGUUUCAAUGGCUAUAAAGCGUGGAGGCGGCGUUGAUGGUGAUUCUUGGGAGCUCUUCGUGAAGAACUGUCCCCCCCUGUAG